ACAUGGGGUGAAUGAAUGAAUGAGCAACUAAGAGGAGGGCUUGCCUGGAGGAGGCUGUGCCCUCCACAGGGCUCUGGCUACCUGCCGGCCCUGGUGUCCCGGCCCGAGCCCUGCCCUGCCUCUCCCCUGCAGUCAGCCUUCGAGUCGCAGGUGUCUGAGAUCAGCAUCAGCCAGAGCGAGAUCAGCUUGGCCCUCAGGAAUCUGAGGUCGUGGAUGAAGGACGAGAAAGUGCCCAAGAACCUGGCCAUGCAGCUGGACUCCGCCUUCAUCCGGAAGGAGCCCUUUGGCCUGGUGCUCAUCAUCGCCCCCUGGAACUACCCCGUGAACCUGACCCUGGUGCCCCUAGUGGGCGCCCUCGCCGCAGGGAACUGUGUAGUGUUGAAGCCAUCGGAGUUCAGCAAAAGCACUGAGAAGGUCCUGGCUGACGUGCUGCCCCGCUACCUGGACCAGAGCUGCUUUGCCGUGGUGCUGGGCGGACCCCAGGAGACAGGGCAGCUGCUGGAGCACAAGUUCGACUACAUCUUCUUCACGGGGAGCCCCCGGGUGGGCAGGAUCGUCAUGUCCGCCGCCGCCAAGCACCUGACGCCCGUCACGCUGGAGCUGGGGGGCAAGAACCCCUGCUACGUGGACGACGACUGCGACGCCCAGACCGUGGCCAACCGCGUGGCCUGGUUCCGCUACUUCAACACCGGCCAGACCUGCGUGGCCCCCGACUACGUCCUGUGCAGCCCCGCCACGCAGGAGCGGCUGCUGCCCGCCCUGCAGCGCGCCAUCACCCGCUUCUACGGUGAGGACCCCCGGGGCUCCCCGAGCCUGGGCCGCAUCGUCAGCCAGAAGCACUUCCAGCGGCUCCGAGGCCUGCUGGGCUGCGGCCGCGUGGCCAUCGGCGGCCAGAGCGACGAGAGCGAGCGCUACAUCGCCCCCACGGUGCUGGUGGACGUGGAGGAGACGGAGCCAGUGAUGCAGGAGGAGAUCUUCGGACCCAUCCUGCCCAUCGUGAACGUGAGGGGCCUGGACGAGGCCAUCGACUUCAUCAACCGUCGGGAGAAGCCCCUGGCCCUGUAUGCCUUCUCCAACAACAAACAGGUGGUCAAGCGGCUGCUGGCCCAGACCAGCAGCGGGGGCUUCUGCGGGAAUGACGGCUUCAUGCACUUGACCCUCGCCAGCCUGCCUUUUGGAGGAGUGGGCGCCAGCGGGAUGGGCAACUACCACGGCAAGUUCUCUUUUGACACCUUCUCCCACCACCGCGCCUGCCUGCUGCGCCGCCCCGGGAUGGAGAAGAUCUACUCCAUCCGCUACCCGCCACACUCACCUCGCAAGCUGAGGAUGCUGCUGAUGGCCAUGGAGACCCGUGGCUGCAGCUGUACCCUGCUCUGAGCCUACCUCGGGCACUCGUCUGUGAGUCGGCUGCCCCUGCCACCAGCGGCUCAUAGAGACGUGGCCUGGGCUCCACACACAAGGAGGAAAAGACCACAGCUCGGACUGGUCUUGCCCUCCUCCCUCCCGGGGCUUCUUUUCCAGCCCUCAGCCUCCUCCCUCGGCUGCCUCCCGUGCUGGGACGGGGCCACUGUGAGGGAGCAUGGGAAACAGGGCAGUCGCCGGCCCUCUCCCUCCUCCCAUCGAGCCACCUGUGUCCUAGGGAGAGGCCGGCAGACAGGGAUGCCUCUGCGCCAACCCCCCUCCUGUGGAGGGUGUAGAGGGGGCCCUGACAUCUUCCAGGCCACACGGCAGACCUGCACCUGCAGUGGCCCAGGCUCUGGGCAGAAAUCCCUGCCCUCCCUGAGUUGUCUUUCUUUUCUAUCUGCACAGCGGAGGUGAUGUCUUGGCACCUCCGGAGAUCGUCACGAGGAUUAGAUUUUGCAGUUUAAUAAAUGAAUUGUUGACCCCAGGC